AUGGGGGAGUUUAGAAAUGGCGGUUUCAUUGAAGAGAUCUGUGAAGAUUGCAGCUGUAGAAGACAGUGUGCUCCGGCUCAUAGCUUUACGAUUCAUUCGCUCUCUCUCAACUCUUUCAUCUCCCCUCAGAAUCUUCUUACGAGAAAACAGCCACGCAGCAAAGAAGGUAAGACGAUGUUCACGUUGGAGAGCUCCGACGGUUUCUUAUUUGUGGUUGACGAAGCGGUCGUACUUCAAUCAGUGAUACUGUCGCCUAUGGUUCAAGAUUGCGCCAGUCGUGAAUACCCGAUCACCAACGUCACAGGCAAAAUCCUCAAGUUAGUGAUUGAAUACUGCAAGAAUCACGUCGUCGUCGACGGUGGCGAUUCUUCUUCCUCCUCCAGUGAUGCUCUCAAGAAGUGGGACGAUAAGUUCAUCACGCAAAUGGAUCUGUCCACGGUCUACGAUCUCCUCAUGGCUGCGAACUACCUAAACAUCAAAGGUCUUUUUGAUCUCGCUUGCCAGAGAGUCGCUGACGUGAUCGCUGCAUGCAAAGACCAUAAGGAGAUUCGUGCAAUGUUCGGCCUCGUGAACGACUUCACAGCAGAGGAGGAAGCAGAGGUUCUCAAGGAGAACGAGUGGGCUUUUGAUUGAUGAAUG